AUGUAUAGCAUACGGUGUAGAGCAGCGGCGGGCCGCUACACUCGCCAUCUCCGAGUUUCUCCAACACCUUACACAACACUCUCACAGCCAGCGUGCAUCGCCCUGCUCAGAAGUGCCCCACAAAAACGACAGUUCUCAUUCACUCAAUCACCCCAGAGGAGCACCAGUGGCAGCAGCAGCAGCAGCAAGAGCAGUCGCCGUCCCGAGUUCUUCCCCACCGCCACGGCCGCGGUGUCGGACCUCCACAACGGCAUCACAAUCCUCAGCCAGGGCUUCGGCCUCUGCGGCGUGCCGGAGACGCUGCUGGACGCGAUCCGCACGCGCGACCUGCGCGAUUUGACGGUCGUGUCCAACAAUGCCGGCGCGCGCGACUGUGGCCUCGCCAAGCUGAGCGAGAACGGGCAGAUCGCCAAGAUGAUCGGCUCCUUCAUCGGCACGAACAAGAACAUGGUCAAGGCGUUCCUGGAGGGGCGCAUGAGCGUCGAGCUAUGUCCGCAGGGCACGAUUGUGGAGCGGUUGCGCGCGGCGGGGGCGGGGAUUCCGGCGUUUUAUACGCGCACGGGCGUCAACACGCAUGUGCAGACGGGGGAGAUACCGGCGAGAUAUGAUGCGCAGGGCAAGGCGGGGGAGAGGGCGGUGGUGGAGUUUGGGAGGCCGAGGGAGACGAGGGUCUUUGAGGGGCAGAUGUUCCUGAUGGAGCAUGCGCUGCAUGGAGACGUGGCCAUCUUGAGGGCGUGGAAGGUGGACAAGGCUGGGAACUGCGUCUUUCGGUCGACGACGAGGAACUACGCGACCGUCAUGGCCAAGGCGGCAAAGAUGACGAUUGUAGAAGCGGAGCAGGUGGUGGAGUUGGGCGAGAUCGAUCCCGAUCAGGUGCAUCUGCCGGGCAUCUUUGUGGAUCGUGUGGUGCCGGCAACGUCAGACAAGCACAUUGAGAUCCUCAAGGUUGAUCAAGGCGGUAAUGCGGACGAGGCUACUGCUUCUGAAGACGAAAUCAAGCGUAUACGCAUUGCGAAGCGUGCGGCGAAGGAGCUGAAGGACGGCUCGUAUGUCAACCUGGGAGUGGGCAUACCAACACUCGCGCCAUCAUACCUACCUGAAGGCACCCAUGUCACGCUACAUUCGGAGAACGGCAUCCUCGGCAUGGGCCCCUAUCCUGCGUCCAAAGCAGAAGCGGACCCAGAUACGGUCAAUGCCGGCAAGGAGACUGUCACAUUGAUCAAAGGCGCUUCGGUCUUUGACACAGCCGACUCAUUCGCCAUGAUCCGUGGCGGCCACAUUGACGUCUCGAUCCUGGGUGCGCUCCAGGUCUCCGCGUCCGGUGAUCUGGCAAAUUACAUGGUGCCAGGCAAGGUCUUCAACGGCAUGGGUGGUGCGAUGGACCUGGUCUCGAAUCCGGAUGAGACCAAGGUCGUGGUGACUACCUACCACACGGACAAGAAUGGGAAGAGCAAGGUUGUCGAGCAAUGCGAUCUGCCGCUCACGGGCAGGAAUGUCGUCAGCACCAUCAUCACAGAGCUGUGUGUGUUCGAAGUUGAUCGGGGCAGGGGUGGGCUUACUUUGACCGAGCUGGCCGAGGGCGUAGACGUCGAGACGGUGAAGCAGAAGACGGAUGCUGCGUUUGCGAUUGCGCCUGAGCUGCAGACCAUGUCGUAG